AAAGAGAAGAAGACAAGUCAAAGAAGAGAGACAGAAGAAGCAACUCAGCUGUUUCUCUCAUCUCUUCUUCUUCCAUCGCUCUCCUUCACCACUCUCGCUCUCCUCUCUAAUUCGCUCGAAAAUCUUAUCUCUUCCCGGAUCCACAGCGACUGUUAGGUUCUUACACUCCUCUCUUUUCUUUCCCCACUUUGAAUUCCAGUCUUGUCUGCAAUCUCUCUGCUUCCUAAAGUUCUAGGAUCAAGUCCACUAUUAUUAGAGAUUCCAGCAUUAUUUUUGGGAAGCUUUUUCUCGAACCACCGUGGUUCUAGAUCCUGUGCUUCCACCUAAAGUCAAAACCCUCUCCAUGUUCCUUGGACUAUUCUCCAAAACCAUGGAAGAAGACAAAUCAAACUCCAGCAGCCGGAACAGAACCACCACCACGCCACAACCCCCUCUUCGACAGAUCCGAACCGACAUGGCUUCCAUAUACUCAUCAGAUCUCACUUCCUACAAGUCAGCCUGCAAAGAAGACCCAGAUUUACAAUCCUUCGACUCCUCCCUUCACAGCCGCACCAACAGAGUCAUCAACUCCCUCGCCUCGGGAGCUGAAUCCCGCUCCCUCUCCUUCGAAGCCCUCAUCGAAGUCUCCGGCUGUCUCCUCGAAAUGAACCAAGAAGUCGUCAAAUUCAUCAUCGAAAGCAGAGAAGACGUGUGGGACAACAAAGACUUGACUUCUCUGGUCAACGCUUACUUCGACAGCAGCAUCAAGACCCUAGACUUCUGCAAUGCCGUCGACCACUGCGUCAAACGAGCCAGGAUAGGCCAAAUGAUCAUCCAGUUCGCGGUUAAGCAGUUCGAGAUGGAGUCUUCUUCACCCGAGCCUGGUGCUAGCAAGUACGCCAAAACUCUCCAAGAGCUCAACAAGUUCAAAGCUUCAGGCGAUCCCUUCGACGGAGACUUCUUCAUGCUCUUCGAGUCCGUCUACGAGCAGCAGGUGAUGCUUCUUGAGACACUCCACAAGCAAAAGAGGAAGCUCGACAAAAAGCUUAAGAACAUUAAACACUGGAAGAAGAUAUCGAACGUUGUCUUCGUGACCGCGUUCGUAUCCGUUUUGAUCUUCUCUGUGGUCGCAGCCGCUAUAGCCGCGCCGCCGGUCGUGACCGCGGUCGCAGCUGCGUUGGCGGUUCCAUUAGGCUCCGUAGGGAAAUGGUGUAGUCAUCUAUGGAAGAAGUACGAAACGGCUGUGAGAAGACAGAAGGAUGUUGUUCUGUCGAUGAAGGUCGGUGCUCACAUCACGAUGAGAGACAUGGAGAACAUCAGGGUUCAUGUGGAUAAGUUGAAGAUCGAGAUGGAAGCGAUGAUGCAGAGAGUUGAUUUUGCGAUCGAGGAGGGAGAAGAAGAGGUGGCUGUGAGGCUUUCGAUGCAGGAGAUCAGCAAGAGGUUUGAUGUGUUCACGGAGAGGAUAGAGGAAGUGGGUGAGAGCGCGGCUAAGUGUAGCAAAGAUAUCACAUUGGCGAGAACUAUUGUUUUGAGACAUAUUCUGAGUUUCCCAACUAGUUCAGACUCAGAGCAAGGAAACUUGAUUGAAGCUAUUACAUUGUGAGAGAGAUAGACUGUAUAAUUAAACCGGUGGUUUUGGGAAGAGGUUCUGUGGUAUGUGACUUGUAAUAUGUUGUAUGUAGCUCUUGUAUACAUUUUGUAUCUUUUAAACACACACAAUUGGAAAUAAUAUUCAAAGUCAAUAUUUUGAUGAUUACUAA